AUGCUGGUGCUGGUGGGGCUGGUGCUGUCCCUUGUGCCUGCAGAACCCCUGACUGCCUUCCCCCCCAAGUUCGAGGUGGGGAAGCUCAACCAGGACGUGGUGGUGAGAUGUGACACUUCAGAGCAGCACAUCUACUGGACACUGAACGGGGAGGAGGAGCCCAUGGCCGAACUGGUGCCUGAGGGCCAGAAGCUCACCAUCGUCGGCUUGGACCUGCCAGCCACUGGCAACUACAGCUGCUGGGCUGGCCGUGGUCACCUGCUGGACACCACCUACGUGGUGGUCAGCAGCACCCGCGAGGAGGAGAUCAACGUGUCCUGCCAGGCUGAGUCCUACAACGGCUCCUUCCACUGCUCCUGGCCCGGGCCCCCCUCUGCCAUCUUCCGUGCCCGCCUCAUACGCAGCGAUGGCUCCAUGGGGCCGUGGGUACCAGUGGCCAGUGAGCAGGGCCAGUUCAACACCAGUCUGGCAGACCCCCUGUUCUGCCCCUUCGGAGAGGAGCUGCGCCCGCUCCAGCUGCACCUGGAGGGGCUCUCGGACACCUCCUACCUCAACCUCUCCAGGCACUUCUUCCUCCGCGAUAUUGUGCGUCCUGAUCUGCCCCAGGAGCUGAGCCUGCAGCAGCGGGGGGAGCAGCUCCACCUGGCCUGGGCCCCCCCAGCCUCCUGGCCGCUCCCCAAGUCCUACUUUGCACUGCUCUACCAUCUACAGUACGAGCUCCACAACGGCACCCAGGUUGAGCAGUUCGUGGAGGGUGCGGAGGAGACGCCGGUGCCGGCGGGAGCGGGGCGGGUGCGAAUCAGCUGCCGGGACCCCUACACCCCCCCGGCCUGGAGCCCCUGGAGCGCCUGGAUGGGCCUCGAUGCACCCCAAUAA